CUUAGUAUGCGUCUUCUAUCGCAGUGUCUGUUUUGGUUUCUGUUUCUUGUUUUGUGUUUAGUUUUUGUUUUUUUUUUCUCUGAAAAUUCGAUUUUAGUUGCAGGCAGCGCUGUCGACGCUGACGCAAGCGCAAACUUUUAAAGCCCGCCCUGCGGCAAAAUAAGAAACCCCCCACCACCACUAUCGCAGAUAUCAAACGUCUUGUUGUCAGCGUAUGUGUGUGUGUACUUAAUUAUAUACUAAACUUUCAGUUAGGAUAACUAUAUGCGGUCCGGAGAUAUUCAGUCUUUACAGUCGCAGCUCUUGUUGUUGCUGUAAUUUUUUUAUAUACGAGUUUCGUCUUGCAGCACUGCAUUUACCGUCUUACAACAAACAACAAUUCAGAAACAAGAAAACAGCUAAACAUAACGUAAACUUUCGUUGCAAGGUCUUCGUUUGCUUCUGGCCCUUGAACUUGGCACACCGUUGGAGAGCAGCCGCUUGGCGGCAGCGGCGACGGCAGCCGCAUGGAUCAUGCCGUCAAGGCGACGCGCGGCCGCCCGCUUAACACGCUGCGCUUUGAGAACGACGAGCUGGAAUGCCUUUAUCAGCGGUAUACAUUAAAAUUGCAGCGCUUCUCGGUGCUGGGCGUUGUUGCAUUGGUGGUGGUUCUUUGUGGGGUAAUGGCCGCCCUCUCGCUCGCCUUUAACAAUGCCGCCACCUUUCAUAACAUCUUUAACUCAAUAGUAUGCGUACUGUUUGCCAUUGUGCUGGUGCUUCUGCAAUGCUCAGUGAUCAAGGAUCAUCAUUUGCCCACAUUGUGCUAUGGCAUUCUAUUGUUUACGGCCAGUAUUUGCAUAGUGUCCAUGCCGACACUGGGCAGCGUUUUCCCAGUGGACACCAAGGAGGUGAUGGCCGAGGGCGUAUGGCAGAUUGUCUUUGUGGUAUUUCUAGCGUACGCUAUGAUACCGCUACAGAUCUGGGAGGCGGUGGCCUUUGGCAUUGCUCUGCCCUCAGUGCACAUUAGCCUGACGGUCUAUAAGAUCUUCACGGAUACGCUGCAGUAUUUGGAGUAUAAUCAGCUGAUUGCAAAUAUUGUCAUCUUUAUUGGAGUCAAUGUCGCUGGCUUGGUGGUUAACAUCAUGAUGGAGCGAGCCCAACGUCGAGCCUUUUUGGACACACGUAAUUGCAUCGCCGCCCGCCUUGAGAUACAGGAUGAAAAUGAGAAGUUGGAGCGACUCCUUCUCUCGGUGCUGCCGCAACACGUGGCCAUGCAGAUGAAAAAUGACAUUCUAUCGCCAGUGGCUGGACAGUUCCAUCGUAUCUACAUUCAGAAACAUGAAAACGUUAGCAUCCUAUUUGCGGACAUCGUCGGCUUCACAGUGCUCUCCUCACAGUGCAGCGCCCAGGAACUCGUGCGCUUGCUCAACGAACUCUUCGGACGCUUUGAUCAGCUGGCCCAUGACAACCACUGCUUGCGUAUCAAGAUUUUAGGUGACUGCUAUUACUGCGUCUCCGGCCUGCCCGAGCCACGAAAGGAUCAUGCCAAAUGCGCUGUGGAAAUGGGACUCGAUAUGAUCGAUGCCAUUGCCACCGUUGUGGAGGCCACCGAUGUUAUUCUAAACAUGCGCGUGGGCAUUCACACUGGCCGCGUACUUUGCGGCGUUCUGGGCCUGCGAAAGUGGCAAUUUGAUGUGUGGUCCAACGACGUGACCCUGGCCAAUCACAUGGAGUCGGGCGGCGAGCCGGGUCGGGUGCAUGUGACACGUGCUACGCUCGAUUCACUGUCGGGCGAAUAUGAGGUGGAGGCGGGCCAUGGUGAUGAGCGUUCCUCAUAUCUGCGAGAUCAUGGUGUGGAUACGUUCUUCAUUGUGCCACCGCCGCAUCGGCGCAAGCCCCUUAUGCUUAACACGCUUGGUGUACGCUCUGCGAUCGGUAGUCGGCGCAAAUUGUCGUUUAGAAAUGUAUCCAAUGUGGUUAUGCAGCUGCUGCACACCAUCAAGUUCUCAGAGCCCGUGCCGUUCUCCAACAUUGCCACCGGUUCGUUUCCCUCGGCUGCCGCCGCCCUUGGCGGAGGUGCACCUCGUGGCAGUAGCGCAGAUGCAGCCACUGCCAGCAUCCAGGUGUCGGAGAAGGGUUCGCGUAAGUCACAGUCGAAAGUCGCUGACAAGUUUAAGCGACCUUUCCGCAAGCGUCACUCGGUGGCUGCACAUCAUCAGCCGACAAAUCGGGUCAACCGAUUCCUCUCCCAGGCGAUUAAUGCUCGCUCCGUCGACUGUGACAAGUCGGAGCAUGUGGAUCGACUGACACUGCGUUUCCGGCAGAAUGAUAAGGAACGUGAAUAUCACAAGGACUUUGAUUUGGGAUUUACCACGGCCAUGGGCUGUUCGUUGUUGCUGUUGAUCCUUGGGGCAGCUCUUCAAGUGACAGCCCUGCCACGCACCCUUAUCCUGCUGCUCCUCUUCCUCACGGCUUUCAUUUGGGUCAGUGCCAUUCUAAUGCUAUUGCUGGCCGUGCGCCUCAAAUGGAUUAUCUGGGAUAUUUCCGAAAGCUUCUCACUUCGUAUGGCCAUCACCAUAUUCACAAUUAUACUUAUCUACUCAGUGGGCCAGGUGAAUGUGUUUACAUGUGUCACGGAUCAUCCCUGCUCGAGCAACGUGAGCACCUUAGACUUCCAGGGGCUGGACAUGGAUAUGCCACCGGUUAUAAGCAAACAGAACGAUGCUCAUCGCAAAUGUUCAUUGCCGCAAUACGUGUCCUUGUCGGCAGCCUUUGCCUUCCUCUCCGUCUCCGUGUUCCUUAGAUUGCCGAUUAUAUUCAAGUCGCUGCUCGUGAUUGGGAUGGGCACCAUCUAUGCCCUGUUUAUUGAGCUGUCGCACCAGAACAUUUUCGAGUGCUACGAUACAAUUGUCAAAGCUUCGAUUCCGCUUCAUUUGAUCUCAUUGGCGCGCAUUGUUAUCUUCAUGAUUGCGAUAUUGGUGCACGGCCGCCUUGUGGAGGGCACCGCACGUCUCGACUUUCUCUGGCAGCUGCAGGCAUCGCAGGAGAAGAAGGAGAUGGAUGUGUUGCAGGAGUCGAACAAGCGCAUUUUACACAAUUUGCUGCCCGCUCAUGUGGCUGCACAUUUCCUCGAUGCACAAUUUCGCAACAAUAUGGAGCUCUAUCAUCAGAGUUAUGCCAAAGUGGGCGUUAUUUUCGCCAGUGUGCCCAAUUUUAAUGAGUUCUACACUGAAAUGGAUGGAUCUGAUCAGGGCUUGGAAUGUUUGCGAUUGCUUAAUGAGAUCAUUGCCGAUUUCGAUGAGCUGCUCAAGGAGGAUCGUUUUCGGGGCAUCGACAAGAUAAAGACCGUUGGUAGUACCUAUAUGGCGGUAGUUGGCCUUAUACCCGAGUACAAAAUCCAACCCAACGAUCCCAAUUCAGUGCGUCGCCACAUGACCGCACUGAUCGAGUACGUCAAGGCAAUGCGCCUCUCGCUCCAGGAGAUCAACAGUCACUCGUACAACAACUUCAUGCUGCGUGUUGGCAUUAAUAUUGGACCCGUCGUCGCAGGUGUGAUAGGGGCGCGAAAGCCUCAGUAUGACAUAUGGGGCAAUACUGUAAAUGUGGCAAGUCGCAUGGACUCGACUGGCGUACCCGGUUACUCCCAGGUCACCCAGGAGGUAGUGGACAGUUUGGUCGGAUCGCAUUUCGAGUUUCGCUGCCGUGGCACCAUUAAGGUGAAGGGCAAGGGCGACAUGGUCACCUAUUUCCUCUGCGACAGCAGCAGCAAUGCACUUAAUGGCGAGGUACGGAACGCCAUGAUUAGCAGCCGCCCAACGAACACCAAUGAAUCGCAGGGACAUCAUCACAACCAGGCUGGGGGACUGCAUUCCGCCGAGUACUAUCAGAAGGCGUCCCAGUUCCAGGAGAAUCGCCUCAACACGGACACGUACAGUAAAAAGGACAAUGGGCAUUUGUACAAUGUGGUGGGUGAGGAGCAGCAGCAUCUGCUGCAGCAUCAACAUCAACAUCCACUGCAUCAACAGCACCAACAGCCGUUGCCUGCUCCACCUGCGCACCAUCAUUUGCAUCAGCAGCAGCAGCAGCGGCUCAAUAGCAAAUUGCAGAAGCAACCCAAUUUUAUGGCCAAUGGUGGAUUACCCAAUAUCCGAGAGAAUGGCCACAAUGGAGAUGUGCAUUAUGUGCCGCCAAAUUUGUCAAUAGCUCCGAUUGCGGCUACGGUUACACCUGCAGCUGCACAACAACAGCAGCAGCAGCAGCAACAUCAGCAGCAACUACUUCAACACCACCACCAACAGCAGCUCCAACUCCAGCACCAGCUCCAGAUCCAGCUCCAGCACCAGCACCAACACCAGCACCAGCCCAUUCCUUCGGUAAUGUUUCGCGAAUUCAAUAUAAUUGAGAAUCCGAAUACCGGUGGCAGGCAUAAACAGCUGCAGCAGCAGGAGCAGCAACAGCAGCAGCUGGAGCAGUUGCCGCUGGCACACCAUGCCAGUCUUGAAGGAGACGUGGUCGGAGUGCUUGGCGGCGACUGCUUCAUUGUGCCGCGACGCGAUCAGCUGCGCAGCUAUGCGCCGCCGCCGGCGCUGCCCCUUAACCAGCAUGGUCAGCAUGGUCAGCAUCAUCCACUGCAUCAUCUCUAUCACCAGCAUAUGAAUCAGCAUCAGCCAUCGUCCUCCAGCCUGGGCUAUGGCAACUGCCGUGAGAGCGAGCCGCUAUUGCAUGCCAGCAGCGUCGCACCGGUUGCCAAGAUCAUGCCCAUGCAGCAUGCGCCAAAGUACGAGCCACCACGUUACACCUGUCCCAACUCCGUGUUGUCACUGCAGCAGCAACAUCAACAGCAGCAGCAGCACCAACAGCAACCACAACUCGAGCUGACAGCAACAACACAUCAACAGCAACAGCAACAACGUCAAUAUGCACUUUACUCGCAGCAGCCACCUCUGCCGCAGUUGCCUCCAAAGCCGGCACUGAGAAACUACCUGAAGCCGCUGCCCAAACUGCCGACGGACAUUGAGGAGUGCCGCGAGAUGUCCUCUACCGAUGAUCUGAGCUCACGGCCGCAUUCGCCCUCGAUGAGCAGCUCGGAUGAGAGCUAUUCGAAGACCACCGAGGGUGAGGGCGACGGCGACGAGGACUCACCACGUAUCAAUGGAGGCCAUCUACAGCGCAAUGGACAUGGUAAUGUUAUAGGUGUGGGCUACAACGUGCAUGGCAGUCGCGUCAAUCCGUUGCAAUGGCUCUACCCCUGCGACAUCCAAGUGGAUCCCACCUCACCAGUUGUUGAUAUGGCGCAACUGCGUGACUUUGACCUCAGCUCGACGACCGAGAGCCACGGCCCACAGACGACCAGCAAUACGACGAGCAACACACAGCAUAAAGGUGACAGCUGCAACAGCUUUGACUAUCAGAAGACAACGGCAGUGACAGCGAUGGGAGCGAUGCCUACAGGUGUAGGCGCCACUGGGGCUGCUACCAAGUCACCCUUCGAGAGGGAAUUGCAAAGACUGCUCAACGAAUCAUCACGAGGUCGCUGUCUGGCCGUAGUGUCUGCCUCGACGGCAGCGACAACCAACUCCGAGCACACCACCAGCAACUGUAGCAGUCGUCACAAUGUGGACCUGAGCUACUCGGCUAGUAACAGCAAAUUGAGCUCUGUCAAUGGUCACGGACAGAAUCUGGUCAAUGGACAGGGUCUCUCUCUGGCGGCUGAAGGUGGAUCGAGCAGCAAUGGAAAUCUCAGCGGUGGCAGCAACUCCAAUAGUGGCAACAACAAUUAUCCCAAGGAUAAGCAACAACAGCAACAGCAGCAGGAGCAAGAGCUUAUUGCCAUGGCUAUGCAGGUGACCAAUAAGCUGCCCAUGAGCAACAGCUUUAUGAUAUCCAAGCAUCCCGUCGGCCUGGAAGCCAUCAAGGAAAUAACGCGCCACAAGAAUCCCUCAGAGUCCAGUCAAAUGCAAACAUCGGACACGGAAUCAUGCGAGAUUCUUCACGAGAAUCGCAGCCAGAUGCACGCGUUGGCCAUGCUGGAGCCGCAUGCGACCAAGGAACAGCAGCCGCAGCAACGAUCACAUCGCCAGCGACCGCGCUCCAAGGAGUUACAGCACAGCUAUGAGAGCUUGGACAGGCUGGACAGUAGUCUGCCCCAACAGCAGCAGCAGUUGCAGUCGCAACGCCAUCGUCAUCACCAUCAUCAUCAGCAUCAGCAGCGACAACAGCAGACGCGCUACAAUCAUGUGGAACAGGAGGAGCGUGAUGACACAGAGGACAACCUGGCCGAUGAAGAGUUUGAGGACGAUGAGGUUAGCCAUGACGUACGUCAGAAACGAGUUUUGCAGGGCGAGCACAACAAGCAGAAGAAUGACAAACACAGCGACGAACUAGAUCAGGAGCAUCAGCAAUUGGAGCUAGUAGAGCAGGAAAGAGAGGCGGCGCCGCUUGCCAAUGGCAGCAUGCGCCUAGACGCGAAUGUGAUAAACGAUGAGCUGAAGUAUGGAGCACAUCACAACCACCAGUCCAUGGACUCCAAUCCGUUGGAGAGCCAAUCGGAGUGGUCAGACGAUGAUUGCCGUGAGGAGGCCACAGGUGGCGCCGAAUCGACAGGUUAUAUCACCGAUGAGCCCGGCCUGGAGAAUAUCUCGUUGCUCAACGAGGCGGGUCUCACAGAUGCCGAGGGCGCCUUGUCGGAUGUCAACUCGCUGUACAAUGCACCGGAUGUGGAUGACACCUCAGUGUCGAGUCGGGCCAGCUCGCGGUUGCUUAGCCUGGACUCGCUAAGUGGGCUCUACGAUUGUGAUCUUGACUCCAAGCAUGAAUUGGCCAUUGUGAAUGCCUCGCACAAGAUAACCAGCAAGUUUGGUCCUCCCUCAUCGCCGGCACAGGUACAGGCACAGCAGUUGCCAUCAGCAGCUGUGACAGCAGCGACUCAGCCAGCAUCGCAGUCGUCGCAGCAGCAACAACAAUUACAAAGUUAAGGGAAUGUACACUUAUUAAAUACACGUGAGCAUACUUAAGAAUCCAGGAAAUCUGCACUCAUACGUUGUUACUGCUAUAUGCAAAUGGUGUCUAUUAAAUUACAAUAUAACUACAAGAAAAGUUAGUUGUUAAGAACAUUUUCACACACACACACACAAACAUACACAUAUAUAUAUAUAUAUAUAUAUAUAUAUAAAUAUAUAGUUACGUAUCUAUUGUACAGGAAUGAAAACUGAAUCGAGAUAAUUUGCCUUUGUACAAGUUCUCGCGGUUGCUUUCCGUAUCUACUACUUAUGUAGCAUACGGCACUCUCUUUAGAUGUAAGAACAGGUUUUUUUUGUGGUCUAGCCCGCUCUUAUGUAAUAUAUACAUAGUAUUUUAAAAAACAAAUAUAAAUUUAUAUUUAUAUAAAUUAAUACAUAAAAAUAUUAUCAUUGGUUAUCUUAUGCAAAUUGACCCAGUUGAACGUUCCAGUUUACCCAGCAAAACCCAAAACUAAUUGCAGCUUGAUACACAUAAAUAUUAUUAUAAAAAAAAAGGCAUGUAUGGAAAUGCGUUUAGGUUUAGACAAAUACAAAUCAUCACAAUUAUCAUUAUAAACGAUAUGUGGAUAAUUCUUAUUAAUUUGUGCGCUUAGCCUCUUUAAGAUAUAAUUUGCUCAUUUGUUACACUUAUAUAGAACAUACAUAAUUUAAUAUAUAAAUACCUAUACCUGUAUGCCUAAAUAUUAUUUAAUAAUCUAAUAAGUAAGUCGAUAGUGAACUACAACAAAAGCAUGACACGUUGUAAAUAAAGCGAAAUAUUAUAAAUAUUAAAAUCUUACAUUAUGCCUUGUACUUACGCUUGGCACACUCGCCAACACUUUACAAGGAAAAUCUUCGUAUUUUCUUUGUACAUAAAAGUUUACUGAUUUACAUAGUUCACAGCGAUUUUUGUUUAACUAUCAGUCUUAACGCUAAGCGUCAUGUGCCAUUAUUUAUCGUAGCCUACUUUCAGUUGCUGCUUUAAAGCGCUGCCUACUUACAGGAGCCGCUCGCACACUUAUUGUACAUAUAAAUGCAAAUACAAUACGUACUUACCUAAUGCAUGCAUACAUAUAUACUUACUUUUAUGUACUAUCUUAGUUAUGUUCGAAGAAACUCAUUGCAAAAUAGCUCGAAAAGGCUUUAAGUCAAUCUAUUGUUGACUUCUGCACAGUUUUCGAAUUUCCACGCACUUGUGUAGUUUGUAAUCGAAUAUUCAUAUAUGAAUUUAAGAACAUAUGUGUAUUUCAAAGCGAGUACUAAGUAUCUAGAUAUAAAUUGUAUAUUACACAAACUUAAAAAUAUGACUUACAAAUAUUAGCAACUGUAGGGGAAAUGCAAAGAUUUUGGAGAUGUUCAGCAUAUAAUUUCAAUCAUAGAUUUCUGCUUUACUUGUGAUGAUUCAGUAAUCUGUACCUGUUGAAGGACAUGAUACGAUUUUGUACAAAUCCGCACCCUAAUGAUUCCCUUUUAUCAGGGAAUAAACCCGGAUCCGAUACCGAACACCUAUAUAAUUGUAUAUUACAUAUAUUAAAAGAAUAUUUGAAAUUCAAGACGGGUUUCUGAUGGCAAAAGGCCAAUGAACCUUAGUAUGUUCAUUGCUAUUAAUACAUUUUUAAUAUUUAAAAUUUGUUUGCAGCGGUUUUGAUAUCAGGUAUCAUUUCAUUUGUACGAUAAAAUUUUGGUCAUACUCAUACUAAAAUUGUAUGAUGUUAAUUGUUGCAAAUGUUCUGCUGAAUGCAAAAAGAAGUAAUCAGAUAUCUUGAUUAAUGAUCUCAAUUACCUGCUGAAUGUCUAAAUUGUUGAUAACUUUCUUGUGAUGCCCCUACAACAAAUCAACUAAACAGACAAAACAAUAAGUAAGGAAGAGAACAGCAAAACAAAUAAGAAGAAUUGUAAAACAUAUGUAUAUGAACAAAUAAACCAUAUUUUUUGUGUACCAUUCAACAACAAAGAACGUUAAGCCUAGAGAAGUAAAUACAAAAAAGCCCACAGAUUUACUUAUAUGAAGAACAUAAAAUAUUAUAUGAUAAUGAAAUUACUCAGAAGUAUAUUCACAAUAAAUACCUAAUACCUAUAUAAUAUACAAAUAUAGUGCAUAGAACCAGAGAAAGUUAAUAAGCAAGAUAGAAAGAGAGAGAUAAUGAGAGAUGCAAGCCUAAGGCAUGAUAUUUAUUUUUCUGUACCGAUAUUAAAAUGAUUGAUAUCUAUGUAUCUAAAAAAAAAUGAUGUAAUAGCAUAACAUAUAGAUAUAUGUAUUACUAUAUAUGUAUAUGUUCGAAUAUAAAUAUCUUCCAUGAUGAAGAUUGGAAGAGUAAACCAAUACUUACAGCUAUAUCUCUAUAUAUCUGAGUACAGCAACAAUUAAAGAUCCAUAAUAAAAACUUACACGUACUUAAAACUAAAUGGCAGCAUUU